CCAGUCGUCCUGGCUGACAGGGGCGCGCUACUCUCAUCUAGGAUAUAAAAAGGAUGUGUGCUGUUACUGGCUUCUAGUUUCAUUCAGUGAUAUGUUUAAGAUUGGCCAGCACUUGCCACGUGGGUGCAGACUUACAUCGGUGAUUGGCUAACAAGGACAAGCACUGGUGCUAUAUAAGCUGGCUACACCUCAUGUGGUUAGUGAACACAUCUUCAGCUACCACUAGGCCGGUCUGUCAGCUGACUGCAUGCCUGAUGGGGACGGCACACAUCUAAUCACGGUUAUGGCCGGUCCCCGGGGUGAGAGGGAGGUUGGUGGGCCGGGCCAUCAGACUGCAGUGCUCACGCCGUGCGCGCGGGGGAAGAAGCGGAGGAAAAAAGCAAAGCGCUCUAAAUCAAGUCUGUGUCGGUGGAGAACAGGCGGGAUAGCCUGUGUCAGCACUGCUCCUACUCAUUUCGUCAACACUGUCACCACUGGCCCGCUUCUUUUCGUCAACAAACUUCUUUCAUUUCAACACAGGAUUAGCAGCAAAUCUAGGCUGCGAGCUUGUUGCUUACAUUACUGUGAUACUAGCAUUACCAUCACCAACCAUUCCACACACGGGAGGGCCGCGACAAGAGCACCACGCUGGCUGGGUAAGAAGACUAGCGUCGUCUCUGUCUUGUGGCUACUGACCCAGGCAUUACUGGCAGGGACUAACCCCGGCUGGGCAGCAGAUGCGGCUGCUGUACCAUCACCAUCCUAUUUAUCAUCCUCAUCGGUGCUGCCGUCAAACAGCAGGUACCAACUUCUUCCACCAUCGCAGUACAACGAGAGCAUCUUCAUCUUCUUCAACCCUGCAUCCAUCAUCGACCUGAGGGUCAACUCACGCCAGAGCGUGUUCUUCAACUUCACGCUCUACCGGCGUCAGGCCAGGUUCGGCAAGCUCGUCAACGACAUCCGCCUGCCGUACAACAAGACCAACGACGGAUCCAGCAUCGAACAAAGGAAAGACGUGACGUCAGAGGGGACUCUCAGCGACGUGUCACACUCGACCACUUCAGCCACACCAAAGCCAGGGGUCAGCAGCGAGUCGCCCGUGUCCACGGUCAGCUGGGCGAGCAGUACAGCCAACAGCAGCAGCUUGGAGAAGCCGAGCCGCCGGAGGGAGCAGAAUGCCUCCACGUACUGGGUGAUGAUCUACUCCGAUGACGAUGCCAUCGCCAGACCAGUCAUCACGCUGCCCAAUGGGCUGGCUGCGGCGCACGCCGACGCCAAGGGGAGCUACAUUCUAAUGGCCGUGACCGCGGGCCGUCAACACAACUUUUCCGUCGAGGCUCGUCACAUAGGUAGGGUCACCAUGUCCGUGGCUGUGGUGGACGUUGACGGGGACAGAGGGAUGCCGCAGGCCAGCUACGUACAAGCAGUGGCAGCAUCACAGUACCAGGUCACCACCGUCAGGGGGGAGAGAACAGCGGACAUCGUCUUCAACAGCGCCGCCGCCGCCAUUUCCAUUAUCAUCAGCUUCGGGAUCGGCGCCGUGACGGACAGCGACAGUCUGAAGAGACAACUCAAAUACCCAGUGGCUCUCAUCAUAGGCUUCUGUUGCCAGUUCAUCAUCAUGCCGCUGCUGGCCUUUGGACUGGCUAUGAUGUUGCCGCUCCACAAGGACAUCAGCUUCGGUCUGCUGUGUGUGGCCUGUGUCCCGGGGGGAGGACUCAGCCAUGUUGCCGUCAUCAUCGCUGAUGGGGACACGGCGCUCAGUUUGACCAUGAACUUGAUAGGGGCAGUGGCCAUGUUGGGUACCGCCCCUCUGUGGAUCUUCGUGUUGGGCCAGUAUUUCCAGACCAACCCCGACGCUGUGCUCAACCCGCGUGUGCUUCCUAUUUAUAACUUUGAGAUUUGGCUGGCCUCCACUUUCUGUGCUUACAUCCUGGGCCUGAGCACCAAACGGCUGAGGCCGGCCAUAGCGGACGCCAUCUUGAUGUGGCUGAUCAAGCCGUUCUUGCUGCUGGCCAGCAUCCUGUACAUCACGCUCGGCGUCUACAUCAACAUGUACGUCUUUGAGCUGGUCAACACCUACGCCCUGCUCAGCGCCAUGCUACUGCCGCUCUGUGGCUGUGUGGUGGGCGCCACCAUGGCCGUCAUCUGCCGACAAAACCUCGCGUUCAUCAAAACCAUCGCGCUCGAGACCUCCAGUCUCAACUGUCUGGUUGUCAUGGUUGCCCUCAGGUUUUCUCUCAAGCAGCCUGACGCCGAUCUGGCCGCCAUGAUACCGAUAUGGGUCAUGUUCACCAUUCCUGGACUUUUCGUCUUCCUAGCUAUAUGCAACAAAACAAAGGUCGUCGUGCUCCACUACUGGAGAAACAGAAACAACAAAGACAAUGAGCUGCAGAACUCGUCCAAAGCGUAUUCGGUCAGUUCGUCUGUGGUCAGCCCCCCUGGCACCACGACCCUGUCUGCCCCCCUCGUGAUGGCCGACGGUAUCGAUGAUGAUGCUACCAUCAGUACCAUGAGCAACCAGAAGGUGACUGUAUUAUAGCUUUUUCCUGGGCGGAUUUCGUUAACAGCCGAUCUAGUCCCACGGGUGGGUGUUAGAUACAGUUUUUGUAUGACGACAUGUUGGAUACAGUUUUUGUAUGACGAAAUGUUGGAUACAGUUUUUGUAUGACGAAAUGUUGGAUACAGUUUUUGUAUGACGAAAUGUUGGAUACAGUUUUUGUAUGACCGAGAGACAAAGAUGAGCGCCUCAAAAGACGAGCACGAUACACAAAGCCACACACUGAAUGGGAUAUUUGUCACUCACUGAAUGAGAUGCUUGUCCGAAUCAAACCAAAGCGAAGGUCUGACUUUGGUGUUAUGUACAGGCAUUGUUGGAUCUGGUAUUAACGAGAAUUUUCUGUAACAACCAGUCAUAGGCACUAUUUAGACGAAUGUAAAUAGCCGUCAUCUAACUGGUAGAUUGAUCCAUUUGGCACACAUUUCUGCAUGUUACCACCCUCACCCCUCCUCCGUUUAGCACCAGUUUCAUCUUGAACCAGACUACUAUUUAACUGGAUCAUUAACCAGCCUCGCUAAAUGUCACUCGUACCCACAUCAGUCCUAGCAUGCAUUAGAUUGUUUUAUUUACCACACAAAUCCGCGCAACGACCGAAAUGUCCAUUUUUAACAAGGACAAUAAAGAAGUUUUUUCCCACUCACAUAUAGCACGAAAAAAGAGCGCAGACGUUUAUUACCCAAGUAUAAACUGAUGUACGUGUAAAUUUGUGUUCAGCUGAGCGAGCAGGCCAGAGGAAGCCAAGGCUGGGUUUAUUGUAGGAGAACUCGGCAGGGCCAGAUGUCCACCAGAUCUAAACACACCGCCCUCGAUACGGGUGGCUUCAUACGCGGCUUGUAUGUACAUACAUCUGUUACGUUUACAUUCCAGGCAAAAAAAAUGUUGAGCACCCAACUCAUUAGGGAUUCGAUUUUUUUAAAAACAAGUUAUUGGCUAAAUAGUAUAGCUUUGGAAGCCUGUCGAGUUAUUGAUGUUAAGUGUUCGGUCAGACGGUACUUGACCGCCAUGCUGGACCGCGUUAAUGGAUGCAAGGCGAGUGCAGUGUCCGGUGCACGAUCAGAGUUGUUUGAGUGCAUGAGUGAGUGGCUUGACAGCAACACACGCAUGACGUUACAUGGAAGUGUGGUGGCGACGUCAGAUUGUUGUUGCGUUGACAUUUCACCUGAAAGUGUGCUGAUAAGACAUUCAGAGAAAUCCUAAGACAAGGGAGAAAAAGACAAUGUGGAAGGAAAUGUGCCACACUCUUUCAUCUAGCCAACAUCGAAUUCCUACCUCAAUAUGUCUUGUGCUAAUAUUUGACUACUGACUUUAACAAAUGCUUGCUGAACUGACUGGGUUGUUCUGUUAUAACCACUGGUCAUGGGGGGAAGGAGGGGGGAUAACUCUAGUCUCACAUACAGUUGGCGGGGGACGAAGUGUGAAUCAAGAUCCACACAGGUAAAACAAAACUGUGGAAAGAUGCUGGUAGAGACUGAGAGAAAACUAGUUUCAUAACUACGCCCCACCUAUUGUAUGAGAGGUUUAGGGUCAUAACUACGCCCCACCUAUUGUAUGAGAGAUUUAGGGUCAUAACUACGCCCCACCUAUUGUAUGAGAGGUUUAGGGUCAUAACUACGCCCCACCUAUUGUAUGAGAGGUUUAGGGUCAUAACUACGCCCCACCUAUUGUAUGAGAGAUUUAGGGUCAUAACUACGCCCCACCUAUUGUAUGAGAGGGGACUUUAAGAGAAGGGCAUGUGUUUUUCUUAAGAUCACAUAAAAAAACAAACAAACCUGCAGCCUUUUAACCUCUUUAAGUAAAAUUCACCAACCGUUAGUUUUUUCCUGACGUCACUCUACCUCCCACACCCGCCGACAGCUUUAACCAAAUACCAAAAGACAAACCUAUUGAUCUCACGACAAGCCAAAAACCUUUCCCACUAGACAGUCAUCAGUUUCUGUCAGAGCUGGCUGGUCUUAUGACAGUUAGUCAUUAGUUUCUGUAGUUUCCGUCAGAGCUGGCCGGUCUUAUGACAGACAGUCAUUAGUUUUCGUCAGAGCUGGUGGGUCUUAUGACAGUCAGUCAUCAGUUUCUGUAGUUUCUGUCAGAGCUGGUGGGUCUUAUGACAGUCAGUCAUCAGUUUCCGUCAGUCAUGGCCGGUCUUAUGCAAAAUUUCCUGCUCAACUUUUUAACCAAUGACGAUGAGCUUUUGUUGAAAGAACCAACGCAGACGAGCAAAGGGAAGAACCAAUGCAUGACUUGUUACUCAACUGUUGCUCUCAUUUGUUGAUCAAAUGUUAUACUUGUUUGGUUUUUUCUCUACUUCCUACUUAUGCAAGUGUUUAGACACAGUCACUGUUCUAGCUGUUAGCAUCUAUUGUACAGAUGGUUUUCUUAAGACUUUUUAUUCAUUCACUUUUAUCUCUAUCUGCACUGUCAUUUGUUGGUCAUUUUUUACUGACCAUUGCAUGUUCAUUUUAUUAGGACAAUUACACAGAUAGUAGGCCUAGUAGGUCAUUUUUUACUGACCACUGCAUGGGCAUUUUAUUCAGACCAUUACCCAGAUAGUAGUUGGUCAUUUUUUACUAGCAAUUAAAUUAGGUUUAGGAUACUAAUGUAAUUUUAUUACCAUUAAAGGUACAUGUAAUUGUGUGGAUAACAUUUAAACUCUAAAAAAAUUUAAUCUAACUUGACAUUGUGCAAGUCAAACCUGAAACCAUGUCCUACUGUUAUUUGUAUUAAAUAAUGGUUGCAUCAUCCCAUCUAAUUUUUACUGUAAUGCAUUGCUGGUGUCAUUUUCAGAAAACCAUGGGUCUAGGAUGGGUCUAGGAUGGGUGUAGGAUGGGUGUAACAUGGGUCUAGAAUGGGUGUAGGUUGGGUGUAGGUAGGGUGUAGGUUGGGUGUAGGAUGGGUGUAGGUAGGGUGUAGGUUGGGUGUAGGUUGGGUGUAGGUUGGG